AUCGAUGACCAGCAGAGGGAACACAGACCCCGAUCAAUUCGCAUGCGACACUAACCCUGUUGUCACUCUGUUGGAUGACCCCAGAUCAAGACUCCCGGAGGGUCAAUCUCAGAUGGGGGACGUGGGAGCGUCAUUAUAUAACGAAUGCUUCUCCCCUCCGAUAUCAGAGUCACAGCCUCACGGACACACAGCGAAUGAAUUCAAAACAAGAACCGUCCCCAUGCUACCCCCAAAACCACAGCAAGAAGCCUUGAUCGACAUCUACUUCCACCGCCUGCACCCCUUCCUCCCCCUCCUCGACGAAGAAGAAACCCGCUCCCAGUUCGCAACCAACACCCUCCCCGCCGCCCUCCUCCAAUCCAUCUGCCUAACCGCCUCCAAAGACCCCCGCGCCGCGCCUUUCCUCUCCCUCAACCCCACCCCAACCCUCCUAACCCUCGAAACCUUCGCCCGACUCCUCCACGCCGACAUCACAAGGAACAUGCCCAAGCAGCACGAGCGCAGGAUCCUAACCAUCCAGAUCCUCGCCCUUCUGUCGUUGCACGCCUGGGGCCCCCACGGAUGCGACGAGGCCUCCCUGGCAUUAUCCCAGGCCGUCCACCACGCCCACACGCUGGGCCUGCACCUCGCCCCGCGGGCGGGACGAAAGCCCACCCCGACGCCACCACCCAGAACUGGAACGCUAUUCUGGUGCCUCUGGAGUCUAGACCGAUGGAACGCCGCCGUCAACGGCCGCCCGCUGCUGAUCCACGACUACGACAUGGACCAGGAGGUGCGCGACGUGCUGUCUCUCCCCAUCCCCAUAUUCGCACCAGCGUUCCGCAUCUGGUUGCGCAUCGCCGAGCACCUCGGCCGGGUGAUCCGAUCGUACCGGCCUGUUCGGACACGGACUACCAGUUGCAGUUGCAGUGACAACUGCGAACAGGGCCCGGAGCUCUGCACCUUCGAGGAACUCGUCUCGCAGUCCGAUGGCUGGGCCACCGACCCUGAACUCCUUGAACAACUGGAACUCUACCACCACGCCGUGAUCCUCCUCUCCACACACUCCCAAGGCCUACAAGGCCGCUCCCGCUCCCGCUCCACGCAGAUCCGGCAGAGUCAGGCCCUGCACAGUGUGGCGGCCCUCGUCCGUCGACACCGACCCCGACCCCGACAUUCCCAAAUCCCGCCCAUCGCGCUAUCCGCGUAUGCGAUCGCGCUCGCCUUCUCCGUGACGUACAGCCACCUCAAGGAAGCGAGAUUACCCAGCGCGCGGGCUCUGGCGCUCGAGCAGCUCGAUCUGUUUCAUGGGGCACUGCGGGCAGCAGCGAAGACGUGGUGGCUUGCAGCUGUUAUGGCGCAUUUGGGAAGGAAUGCGCUGGAGCGGCUGGAGCGGGUUGCCCCCGUGGAUGGUGGUGGUGGUGGUGGUGGUGGUGGGGGCGCACUCGACCCUGAAAAUCAAGCCCCGGAGUAUCACCAUGAUCUCGGUCAUGCGGGUAAUGCUGGUGGGGAUACGCUACUACCCAGCGGUUCUACGGGGUAUUUUCAAAGUGAGAGUCUCGAGGUUCAGACACCUGAGAUUUCCGCGCUUCUGGAGGGCUGUUCCGCCCUGUCGGAGACGGAGUAUGGGGCGUACUUUGAUAGCUUUCUGCAGAAUUUCCCGGAUCCCGGGUUUGCGUUGCCGGGGUUCUUUCUGGGGGAGUCGGUUGUUGGCUGAUAACCCUUCUUUGGGGGCAUAGGGGGUUCUCGGAGGGGGAAAGUAGUUAUGUCAGGAUACUUGAUUGACGGUUGUGAGCAACAGUGUAGACAUGUGACAGUUCUAUUUCAAUAUGUUCUGAACAAAGGGCGAGUCUUGGAUGGUGGCCUUGUCGUUGAGGCUGUUCCUGGUUGAGGAUCUCAGGGACAGCUGUAGUUAUAACAUAUACACUACACACAUGAGGCCAGGCAGAGUUCCAGACAGACCUACCGCUGAGAUCGAAGCGGCACCUCCGUCGCAGGUACGACCGUCUCGAAC